GAAUAGAGCGGUCUAUGUGCGGAGGCGUGGCUAGUCGGGGGCGUGUCUCCGCGCCGGGAGGGCUUUUCGCGUGCCUGCGUCACAUGUCAGUCUGAGCUGUCAGCGUGCAGAUACGGUGGGCAGCAAACAACAACAACGCAAAACUUUUUUUUUUUUUUUUUUUUUCUUCUACUACUACUACUGUGUGUGAUCGUGCACGUCGUCGCAUGCUAGACCGGUGGCGAUGAAGACGUGUAAAAGGCGCCACGCACGCAGCUCGGUUUGGGUGUGAAUGGUGAGCGCAGAGGCACGGCGCGCCUGCCUGGUGGCUCGGUGGACAUUCCCGACAAAGCUUUGAAAGCAGCCGUGCGUCUCUGGUGCCGAUCCUGCGAAGUGCGGAAAUCUGGGCGUGAAAGUGGCGGUGAAGUGGCGAGACUGCGGCGGAGGAGCCCGUUCCUGCAGCGGAGACCGAUGCGCCUGCCAUCAGAUCGGAGAUGGACGUGCGAGAGCUGAGCGUGGUGGCCGGCAGCUUCGUGGGGUUCCAGCUGCUCUUCUCCAUGGGCAGCCCCCGCCUCUGCGCGGCCCUCGCCCCCGGGUACAGCCGCCUGCCCCCUGACAAGCACGCCGAAUGGAACUCGAGGCUCGUGUCCACCAUCCACGCGCUCAUCGUUGGCCUCUUCUGCCUCUACAUCUUGCGGUUCGAUGACGCGGUCAACAAAGACCCGGUCUGGGGGGACCCCCAGCUUGUCAAGCUCAACGUGGCCAUAACGUGCGGCUAUCUGCUCUACGACCUCCUGCUCCUGGCCUGCAACUGGCGCGCGAUGGGAGACGGUUUCUUCGUGUGUCACCACCUGGCGGCGCUCUACGCAUACGGAUAUGUCUUGGUGCGACUCGGGGUGGCACCCAGCACGCUCGCUCGGCUAAAGACGCAAAUGGCUCAUAUGCCGUACUGCGCCACGGAUAGCCGAGGAGUGCUGCCGUACUUCGCCAACUUCCGCCUCAUUUCAGAGCUGUCAACACCGUUUGUCAACCAGCGAUGGUUCUUCGAGGUCCUCUCAGUCCCACGUACAGACCGCCUGGUGGUGGCCAACGGCAUAAUGAUGACGGUGGUCUUCUUCCUGGUCCGCAUCGCCGUGAUUCCCUCCUACUAUUCCCGGGUGGUGGCCACUUUCGGGACCCCUGCGUUUGUCCGCCUAGGCCUUGGGCCCCAGGUGGCCUGGAUCGUCUCCAGUGUCUGUCUGGAUGUCCUGAACACCAUCUGGAUGUACAAAAUUGCCAGGGGGUGCUACAAGGUCCUGACUGGGAGAAGCAGGAGCUCAAAAGGCGCCAACCUUGACAAGCAGAACCAUCACAAUGACUCAUACCUCAACAACCAUAUAGAUUGAGGAGUGGAAGCCAGAAGCUCUGGUUCAGCCAAUAAGGGGUUACUCUUUUUGUCUAGUCCCACCCUCCCCCCUGCUCUGCACCAAUCGAGAGCCCCGCCGUACGCAUCCCUAACCCAGCGCCUGCUGUUCCUGCACGUCCCCCCCGCCACCUUCUCAAUCGAUCUCCGUCCGACAACAAAAGGACCCAUCGCAUCAUCAUGUCACAGACGCCAAGAUGCCUCUCGUACCCAGUCGCCUUGUGCCCGCCUGUCCGCGGGCUUCCGAGACAGCUAAUUCGGCUCGACCUCUACGACGCGACUCGUAUUAAGUGCCUGGAUCGUUGCGCCCGAGACAGGCCUUAGACACACCGCAGCCUGCAGCGCCCACGAUGGGAUGCAAGACCGAGAGCACUUUUGCCAAGCAAGAGCAGCCAGGACUUUGCGAUGGAUACUGAACUGGGACGUCCCACCUGUUGAGUUCACGUCUUCCGUCACAGAAUCUUCGCGGAGCUUGAGGACAUAGAGGUGUCCGGUGUUUGUCCUGCUGUCGUCCUUUACCUCAAAAUCAAAGUGUUUUUCGCAUUAGGGCCUUUGAACCUCUGCUACUUUCCGGCUUUUAAAUUUCUACAGCCUCGUUCCCUCCAAGUCUGUCUCGGUCCCCGUCAAUCCACGUCUUCCUUGUACGCACAGGUCUUCCAGAGUAUGUUGAGGAAUUUACACACCUGUGGUCUUUGCCUCCAUUUGUUUGCAUGUUUUAAGAUUAUUCUGACAGUGCAUUUACCGUUCAUGCCAUUCGCACCAGUCGCCUGUAGAAGAAAACACGAGACCCUGGGACAAGGAGCGCGUGGACAGACCGUGUAUAAGAGGACGCUGCUGCUCAAUCUGGGAGAAUCAAGUUGCGUGUCUCCCCAGCCUGCUGUGGGCGAUGUGAGGACUAUGAUCGUGUUGUACGUAACUUUGCAGUUGAACGGAGCCUUUAAAACCAAUAGGUGCUUUUCAGUCUUUAGCCCAGAAUCACGAAUGGAUCUCCAUGGAAACCAGCAGGGUAUUUUUAGUAUGUUUUUUUUUUUUUUUUUUUUUGAAAUUUUAUAUUUUUAGUUCACAGUAUAUUUCUGUGAUAUACAUGCACAAAGGCACAAAAGGUGUGGUAAAGUUGUUUGUAUGUACUGUAUUAUACCUUCUAUUCUAUAGUCCUGUGUAGCUUUAAAUCGGUGGAUUUUGUCUGUUUUCAUCAGGAAACGUUAGUUAGAAAGCCUGCGGUGCACACUUCCGCACGCCGUUUCGGUGCCGACGAGUCCGAGCUUUCCAUCGAUUGACGUCUUUGUACUCUAAAGCAUGCGACUGACUGCUAUGACGAGACUUUUCUCCCCCCCGAACGUUCUUCUCGCCAUGUUCAAUAGUGGUUAUGGGCUUAUUCCUAGAAAGGAAAGUGCGCGCGCAGCCGCCGUGGGCACGAGGGGGACGUUACGAGCCUCCGGGCCCGGUCUCCACAGGCCAGCCGGGCCACUUCGGACGCUUCGAGGCCACGACCCGUCCCGUUGCAGCUCCAGGGAGCCCUCUGCUCUCCCUCUCCGUGGUGCCCAGAACCCUUCGUGGCAUUUCGCUUCACCCCGGCGAACUCUCGAAAAGAAUGUCUUUUGAUAAAUCCCACUAUAAAUAUGGCUCUGGUGAUCCGUGUUUUAUAUUCACAGGAGGGAAUCGCCUUGGCUUCUUACCUCUAGCUGCUUUAAUAAUCUAGAAGUGUGCCAUCGUUAUGUUAAACACGCACUCAAGGCAGGUCUUGUCUGCUUAACGCGUGCGGUACAAGUGGUAAACAUAAAUAGCCGUGCUAACGGUACGUUUAUUGCAUUGUGACUGUUUAUUUCAAGAGAAUGUGAAGAGUUACAAAUAUUGGCAGUUAAGAUGUUUUUACUAAGCUGCACGCAUUUCGGUUAUCAUAAACCAACUUCUGCACAAGUACUUAAUACCUGAUUUUUUUUUUUUUUUUUUUUUCUCCCUGGAAUAAGAAAGAAAAUUCUUUUAAAAGAUGUGACGUGUAGUAUUUUUUACACUAAAGAUGCUACACACAGUCUGUAUGCAGUGUGUGCUGGGGGAUGGGUUUGUUGUUCCGGUUGUUGUUUUGCGACGUGUUAAUCGAAUCCCCUGAGGGGUAUAGGUUGCGGGAUAGUAAAUUCUGCCGUCACAGGUCACCAGUGAAAAAAAAUCGUGUUUAAUAGAUGUCAUCCUGUUCGUUACUCUUCUGCUUGUCGCGAAGUUGUUAUAAAUUAGAAUUUUCAUCUCUCUUCCAUAGCCGUGAUCAUUAAAAAUCAGUUUUGAGUGUUCUGCCCAGAUUCGAACAUCUUCUACUUAAAGGGAGCUCUUGAUUAAAUUCCACAUUCAGCAAUCCUGGAAAAUAUUUAAAGGGACUUGGUCCGAAUGUCACUUUUCAUCAGGAACAAAUUUGAGUUAUAAGUGUGAUCAGUGUUCAGAAAAAUCUGUUAUUUGCUCUCCUUGGUUGAAAAAGGCAUUUCAGUUUACACAGUUCUGUUAAAAGCAAAGAUCUGGCGUUGCAGAGAUACUGAUGGACAUUUUCCACACUGGUCUUUGGGUUUAUUACAACUAUCGGUACACAACAACAGCUAAUAAAGUUGUAACAGUAGCACUCAAGGAUGAGAUUUACUUGAAAAAUGCCAAUAAAUUUGAU